GUAAACAAACAAAAUCCUACCACUCGUCAAGUUAUCUUGGGAAGUCACUUUUAGUAAAACUUUCCCAAUGACUUUUCCAUUCUUUGUAUGGUCAACAGUCCAUUCACUUUUGGUUCCACAUUCAAAUUUCAAAAUCCACAAACAAAAGCAAACCUCAAUUGGCCGCUCUGUUGCUUUCUCUUUCUUUCUUCCAUAAAAACACGCCUUUCUUUUCCUUUCUUUUUGCACCACUGUUAUCUUUUCAAGGGAAGUGAUAAAAGAAGAUGGAGAAUGAAGGAACGGCGAUUGAUCUCAGAGGGACCCCAACCUACGAUGGCAGAUAUGUACGUUACAACAUCUUAGGUAACAUCUUCGAAGUCUCUUCCAAAUAUGUUCCUCCUAUUCAGCCUGUUGGUCGUGGCGCUUACGGCAUCGUCUGCUGUGCCACAAAUUCCGAGACAAAGGAAGAGGUUGCAAUAAAAAAGAUUGCGAAUGCAUUCGACAACAGGAUUGAUGCUAAAAGAACACUCCGUGAGAUCAAGCUCCUCUGUCACAUGGAUCAUGAUAAUAUUAUCAAAAUCAAGGACAUAAUAAUCCCGCCAGAGAAGGAAAAGUUCAAUGAUGUUUACAUUGCAUAUGAGCUAAUGGACACUGAUCUGCAUCAGAUAAUACGGUCUAGCCAGGCUCUCACUGAUGAUCACUGUCAGUAUUUCUUAUAUCAACUGUUGCGGGGUCUUAAGUACAUACACUCGGCAAAUGUUCUGCAUCGCGACCUAAAACCUAGCAACCUGCUUCUCAAUGCAAACUGUGAUCUCAAAAUUUGUGACUUUGGUCUUGCAAGAACCACCUCAGAGACAGACUUCAUGACCGAGUAUGUUGUAACCAGAUGGUAUCGAGCCCCUGAAUUGCUUCUCAAUUGUUCAGAGUAUACUGCUGCUAUCGAUAUCUGGUCAGUUGGUUGUAUUCUAAUGGAGAUAAUUAGAAGGGAGCCACUUUUCUCUGGUAAAGAUUAUGUUCAGCAGUUGGGGCUUAUUACUCAGCUACUAGGGUCGCCAGAAGAUUCGGAUCUCGGAUUCCUUAGGAGCGACAAUGCUCGAAAGUAUGUUAAGCAGCUUCCUCAUUUCCCUAAGCAACCUUUUGCUGAAAAGUUUCCAGACGUAUCUCCUGUGGCAAUUGACCUUGCAGAAAAAAUGCUGGUUUUUGAUCCAAGCAAGCGUAUCACUGUUGAGGAAGCGCUGAAUCACCCAUAUUUGUCAAGUCUUCAUGAAAUCAAUGAAGAGCCCACUUGUCCAUCUCCUUUCGUCUUCGAUUUUGAGCAGAUGACCUUGAACGAAGAAGACAUAAAAGAGCUAAUAUGGAGGGAGUCUUUGAAUUUCAAUCAAGAUAAGAUGCCGGAAUGAAGUCAGUAAAAAAGUAUACGACUUCUUUCAUAUGGUUUUGCUCCAUUGAAGUCCUGGUUCAAAGGUUGAGUUUCAUGAAGAAGCUUAGCUUUUGCAUAAACGCAAGACUAUUCGGGUACUAACCCAAAAAUACAAAAUAUAAAUAGGGAGAUAGGUUCUCCCUGGAGGUGUUGAGAUUUAAGAUGGUGGGAAAUGUUUUUGACUUUCUGUUUCUAGGUCCAUUGGGAGAGUGUUGGAAUCAUUAUAUACAGUAUUUGGAAUCCUACCAACCAUGAAAAGAGGGUGAUCUGUAUUGUGAUUAGACCAGUCAAUUAGACGGGUCGGGUUAUUUUGGGUAGAAUGAUUUGAAGUUUUAAAGUUUGAGUAAUUUUCGAGUUCAAGUAACUUCGAGUUUUAUUUGUUUUGGGUUUGGGUCAAAGGCAGUAGUGUUUUAGCCUUUUUUCUUUAUAUGGUAUUUGAUCUAUUUGUAUAUUGUUUCUAUACAUUUUGUUUAUACUUUAUACUGUAGAAAUGACGAUAAAAGAGUGAUAGCGAAGAUGAUUAAGAAUA